UCCGCCUGGCGGGAGCGCGGGGCGCCGGGAGGCGGCAUGGAGCGGGGCGCGGUGCGCGCCCUGGCCGCGCGGCUGGGCCUCGCCGACCCCGGCGUUAUCAGAAAAGCUGAGGAGUAUCUGCGACUAGCCCAAGUGAAAUGCACAGGAUUAAUGGCUCAAAUGACAGCGACAAGCAGUGCUGUAAUAUGCCUGGACCUAGCAGCUAGUUUCAUGAAGCAACCAAUUGACAAAAGCUAUUUUGUUAAACUGUCUGGCUUGAACAAGAUGACGUACCAGAGCUCCAUGAAGUCUUUGGAAUGUUUGCUGGAGGUGAACCCCAGACUGGGAAUGCGAGACCUAGCUGUGCAAUUCUGCUGCACAGAGGCAGUAAACACCGCUUCAAAAAUACUGCAGAGGUAUGAAUCCAGUCUCUCUGAAGCACAGCGAAUGGACGUUGAUUUCUCAAAGCCCCUUUUCCUAGCAGCUGCAUUAUUUGCAGCGUGCAGAUGUUUGAAGCUAAAAGUGGACAAAACUAAAAUCUUGGCUACAUCUGGUGUGAAAAAAGCAAUAUUUGACCGUCUGUGCAGUCAGCUGGAGAAGAUCAGUCAACAACUCAGCAAAAAUGAUGAUCCACUGCCUGCAGAGACAGCUGAAAAUUAUAACAUCAACUUGGAGCACUGUGAGAAGGAAGAUGCAUCUGAAGAUGACAAGGAAACACCAUGUAAACGGCCAAAGACCGAAACCAAGCAAGAUUAUGAAGAAUGGAAAAAGAAAAUCCUGGAAAAUGCUGUUAAGGCACAAGAGACAAGUAGAAGUUCUGUCUCUGUAGUGCCACCUAGCAACAUUACAGCUGCUUGGUUGCAAUUUUAA